AUGAUUUACAUUGGUAAAUGAUGUAGCAAGGCUUGCUGAGGAGCCUGUAAAUGCUGUGGAGAAGGGUGCUCCAAGACCUGUGAAGAGCUUUUCGAGUGCCAUUGUUGUCCAAACUACUCAAGAUUGCCCUUCAGCACUUGAUCAAUCCUGUUCUGCAUCUUCUUGAUCCUUCCCACUCUUAUUUGAGUGAUUUAUAUUAUUGCUAAGUCGGAGCAUACUGACUGGUGUGAGCAUAACUAUGUGGUUGCAAUGAUUAUCUCAAUAAUAAACUUUAUCAUCACGGUUGCGUUUGUCAUUUACUCUGUCAGGAAAAUAGGCGAGGGCUAUUUUAAGGCAUACGAGAAAUACCAAAAUCCAAACUCUAUUGCUAAAGAGGUCUGGAAAUUUAUUUGUAAGGAUUUCGUAGUUUUAUUCUUCAUUGUUUUUUACAUCUGGACUUUUGUUUGGGACUGUAUCAUUCUGGCCUGGACGAACGAUGAAAACCCAGUCUGAGAGGAUCGAUAUGGAGGGGUCCUCUCAGCAGCUGAUUUUGUAGCUGGCUGGCAUAUGGCAAUGACUAUUGUUGGGUUCUUCUUUUUUGUAAUCCUACUUUGUUUGUUAGCAUGUGCUGAGAACGAAUGUGUCAAGCCAUUCAUUGGAUUUUGUCUUUGUGGGUAUGACAAUAUUGAGAAGGAGAAGAGAAGAAGGAGGCAGAUGGCAGUUGAUAGAGAUAAUCAGAGAAAUGAAGAGAUGAAAGAGCAGAAUAGAAUGAACCAGCCUCAGUAUAACCCUACUGCUCCUGGUCAUAAUACAAACCAUCCACAAGGGUAUACACCUCAGCCUAGUGGUCCGCCAGUAAUGCCUAAUCAUCCUUAUAACCCAGCUGGGCCAGCAAAUGACCCAUAUGCUAACGCUUAUCCUGCUCAACCAUUACCUCAGUCUCAACCUCAAGCAGUCAAGAAUUCAAACACUGCUAAUAAUGCUGGAGGGGCCGAAAAUCAGGAUAAAAAGGGAUUAUUUGGAAAGGCAAAGGAUAAGUUUAAUAAGUUCAUAGGCAACAACUCAUAAUAGGAUUCAAUUAGA